CAGUGAUAUGUGAAUGGCAGAUGGACGUGUGAAGUGCGUGCAGCAGACGACUCCUCAACAAUUUGGCUGUGGCUGUGCCGACAUGACAACUUUUGAUUUUUCCGACGUGGAGGCAUUUUUGGAUUGCCAUCCGGAGCUUUUUGAGGAAUAUCUCGCCAGGAAGGGAAAAUGUGACACCCUGAGCAGGUGGCUCAAAGAGCAUCAGCCGUCCAAAACCUCUGUGGCGGAAGAGAAACGCGGGGUCGCGAGGGAUCCCUUCUGGCCCACGAACCCCGACGGACUGAAGCGCAGAUCGUCCCACAUGGAGCUCCGCAGGAACUUCGCCCGCUCCAAAGCGAUGACUGCGCACCGGACCUACGACGAGCACGUCAGUCUCACGGCUCACGAGUCCCAGUCGAGUAUGCGACGGCGCGCGCUGCUGCGGAAAGCCAGCUCGUUACCGCCGACCACGGCGCACAUCUUGAGCGCGCUGCUCGAGUCCCGGGUGAACGUGCCUCAGUAUGCCUCAAGCGCCAUUGACUACAAAUACAGACUCAAAGAGUCCAACGAGAGGGAAUUCUUCCUCGAGCUGGUUAAAGACAUUUCUAACGAACUUGACAUGACAAACCUCAGCUACAAGAUUCUAAUCAAUGUGUGCAUCAUGGUGAACGCAGACAGGUGUUCGCUUUUCCUAGUGGAGGGACCGUCUCAUAAGAGGACGCUGGUGUCCAAGUUUUUUGAUGUGCACUCGGGUACGACGGUGCGACCCUCUUCAAGCACCCUGGACUCAAACGAAGUGCAGGUUCCGUGGGGAAAGGGCAUCAUAGGUUAUGUAGCAGAACACGGAGAAACCGUAAACAUCCCGAACGCAUACGAGGACCAUCGGUUCAGUGAUGAAAUCGACAAGCUAACGGGUUAUAAGACUCAGUCCAUUCUGUGCAUGGCCAUCCGCAACAGUGAUGGGGAAGUCAUCGGUGUAGUGCAGGCCAUCAACAAGAACCCCAGCGGAACUCCAUUCACCGAGGACGAUGAGAAGGUUCUUCAAAUGUAUCUACCUUUCUGUGGAAUAUCGAUCUCCAACGCCAAACUCUUCUCCGAAUCCCGCAAGGAGUAUGAGAGGAGCAGGGCCCUGCUGGAGGUGGUGAAUGAUCUGUUUGAGGAGCAGACGGACCUGGAGAAGAUUGUGAGAAAGAUCAUGCAGCGUGCGCUGACAUUGCUGCAGUGUGAGCGCUGCUCAGUGCUUCUCCUAGAAGACAUCCACUCUCCUGUAGUAAAGUUCUCCCAGACAUUUGAGCUCAUGUCUCCACUGUGCAGCAUUGAUCAUGACAUCAGCAUGGAGAAGGUGUCUUGCUCGGACUGGCUGAUCAAUAACAGCAUUGCUGAGUUGGUAGCAUCAACCGGGCUGCCUGUUAACAUCAGUGACGUCUGUCAGGAUCCCCGCUUUGAUGCUGAGGCGGACCAGGCUUCUGGUUUUCAUAUCAGAUCAGUUUUAUGCGUCCCCAUCUGGAAUCGGACACAUCAGAUUAUUGGCGUUGCCCAGAUUCUGAAUCGCUUGGACGGGAAGACAUUUAAUGAUGCAGAUCAAAGGUUAUUUGAGGCUUUUGUUAUUUUCUGUGGUCUGGGCAUUAACAACACAAUGAUGUAUAACCAGGUUAAAAAGACUUGGGCUAAGCAGUCUGUGGCUCUAGAUAUGCUGUCUUAUCAUGCUACAUGCUCCAAGGCAGAGGUUGAUCGCCUGAAGGCUGCUAAGAUUCCCCUAAGCAGUGAGCUCGGGAUCGAUGAGUUCCACUUUAAUGACUUUUCUCUGGACAGCGACGCCAUGAUCACUGCCUCCCUGCGGAUGUUUUUGGAGCUCGGUGUCGUGCAGAAAUUCAAAAUUGAUUAUGAGGUGCUGUGCCGCUGGCUGCUUACCGUGAGGAAGAACUACCGCACCGUAGCCUAUCACAACUGGAGGCAUGCCUUCAACGUCUCGCAGUGCAUGUUUGUUAUGAUCACCACUGCUGCGUUCCAGGAGGUGCUGACAGACACAGAGACUCUUGCGCUUAUGGUUGGGUGUUUCUGCCAUGACCUGGACCAUCGUGGCACAAAUAACGCCUUUCAGGCAAAGUCUGGGUCAGCACUAGCGCUGCUGUACGGAACAUCUGCCACACUUGAGCAUCAUCAUUUCAACCACGCCGUCAUGAUCCUGCAGAGUGAGGGUCACAACAUUUUUGCUAAUCUGUCCUCCAAAGAGUACAGCAGCAUGAUGCAGCUACUGAAACAGGCCAUUCUGUCCACAGAUCUCACCUUGUACUUCAAAAGUAGAACCAAGUUCUUUGAGUGUGUUUUGUCGGGACAGUUCAGUUGGAGUAAUGAAGAACAUAGAGACAUGUUCAGGUCUAUGCUGAUGACUGCGUGUGACUUGGGUGCAGUGACUCGACCAUGGGAGAUCUCAAAACAGGUGGCUGAACUAGUGACCAGUGAAUUCUUUGAACAAGGUGACAGGGAAAGAUCAGAGCUGAAGUUGACACCAGCUGCCAUUUUUGAUCGUAAUCGUAAAGAUGAGCUUCCUGUGCUUCAGUUAGAAUGGAUUGAUGGAAUCUGCAAGCCAUUAUAUAAGGCUCUUGUGAAGUUGAAUAGGAAGCUUCAGCCGAUGGUAGAUGGAAUUGAUGCCAACCGAAAGAAGUGGGAGGAGCUUUGUCGGUCCUAUCAGCAAACACGGAGAGCCUCUGAGUGCAUCUCCAGUCUGGAGGCAGGAGAGACUGAAUCGCCUCAGAGUUCAGACUCCACCCACGAGCCAGAAUCUAGUCAGAGUGUGGUGACCAAUCAGAGCAAAGACUCAACCCACUGUGUGGAGCCAUAUCAAGCCACGGCAGCCAAUUACAAAUAAGAGGUGUGAUGUGACAAUUAAAGGACGGCCCACUUAGUCAGGGGUUCCCAAACGACUUUUUCCUGAACCUCUUAUGCGCUGAGAUUUUAAGUUAAUAUUUUAAUAUUCUAACAACAGAUUUGCACAUUCAGAAUAAUCUGAUGUUGGUUAAUGGUCAAAUCACUUUAUUUAACAAAAGAGAUGAAAUAUUUAACCCUUUUUCAAGAAAUGUUAUUGUUUUAUUAUAUAUUAUAAAUUAUAAAAAUGAAGUCAUAAAUGAUUGAUAAUUAUAAAAAUCAUUUAAUUUUACACUUUUUAUUUUACAAGUCUUAAUUAAAUUGCAGCCUUGGGUAAUCCCACUAAGAUAUAUCAUGAUUUAUAUUAAAUUUCGAUGAAGUAUGCAGCCACAUUUAUUUAUUUUAAUUUUAGAUCUGUUCUAAUUAAUUAUUUGCUCAUGACCCCCCAGGGUUUCUAAAACCCACAUAUGAGAAACCCUGCACCGAGUAAUGAUGACUUGACAGCUUUCCUAUGUUUAUAUAUGAAAAAAUGUGUUGCUAACCAAACUUUUUUAUGCGGGCUGCUUUGAGAUUGACAAUAUUUCUAUCGAAAUCACUUCAAGCAUUUACAGCACAAUUUAAAACAUUAUAAAAUGACUAUCACUGGUUUUAAAAACAAAAUAUUUAUUAAGAACCCAUAUUUAUUUAUUUUAUCUCCGAUAAAAAAUAUAUGUAUAUAAUGGAAUAUGUGAAUAUGUGCAGGAAGUUCAGGUGCACAAAAACUGAAUGUGAGAAAUAGCAGUAAACUGUUUCAAAAGCUCAGAUGUUGUUCAGUGAGUCUGUGCUGCUAUAUCGCAAGUUACAAGUUUGCUUUCACAAAGCCUGGCAUUACAUAAAUAUAAAACAGAGUUGCUGAUAGGAUUCCCAUGCUUCAGAUGUGGAAACUGAGCAUUGAUUUGAUGAAUGUAUGAAUUGAUAUCACUGUGAUCUUUUUGCUGUUGUUUAGACUUGCAUGGAAGCAUUGGAACACUGUUAUAACUGCUGGUUGUGCUAUAAUUUUAUAUUGAACAUUAUACACAGUGUUUAAUGUCUAUGUAUGCAUCUGUGGUCUCUUGUACCUGUCAGUCAGGUCCUUAUAAAACAGUAUAGGUCACAUUUUUACAAAAUAUUGCAUAUCAGCUGUUUGAGUGGCAAACAGAAGAUUAUACAGAAUGAAUGUGAAGUCAUCUGUCUUAAACCAGCUUUUUGGGAUUCGUCCUUGAUAGCUGACUCCUAAGAUGAACCAAAGUCAAUUCUCACAAUACUAAAAAUCUGAAUUUGUUGCAUGCAAAACUGAAACCUGAUGUUGGCAUGUGGUAUUACAUGUUACAAUUUAGUAGGUGAACUUUGUGUUUUUGAAAACAUUACAAAUGCCAUGAAAUGCAUGCUGCAGGGCUUUGACAACAGCAGCUUUCUGCUUUAAAUGGGAGUUAAACUUUCAGGUUGUGUUGCAGUCGUGCUACAUUUUAUUUUGUGCGCACACAUUCAGAUUCAGUCUGUCUGCCUUAUUCAAUUGAAAUGUUAUCAUUUUUGCAUUUAUUAUGAAUUGACAUUUAAAAAAGUAAAGAAAACCAUUUAUAUUCGUACACUAAAAAAGAAGGACACAAAUUGCUUUAUAUUUUAUUAGCUAACAUAAAAUGCUCCUAUAUUUAUGGAAGCUUGUCUCCGACCACAUAAAAAAGGUAACUUUUUUUUUUUUUUUUUUUUACAUGUUACAUGUACUUAUUAUUAUAAUUACAUGCAAUUAACCCUAAGCUAGCCCCUAAUUCUAACCCUAUCCAUAAAGUAAGUACAUUUAGUUAAUUAAUAUUACUCAAUCUAUAAAUGUAUAAUUACACUCUUACAAAGACACCUUAAAAUAAAGUGUAACCAAAUAUUAUUUUAUACAUUUAUUUUUUAAUAAUAUGUUAGAUACAUAAAAAAGGUAAUUGCGACUUUUUCUUUCAUAGUUUGGAUUUUUUUAUUUACAAUUCUGAGCUUGUAUAUAAAAAAAUUACAAAAAUUGCAAGAUAUAAACUGCAGAAUUAUGAAAUGUAAACAUCAACUUGUGAGAAACGUAGUCAGAAAUCUGCAUUUAUACAGUAUUUAGAAAUAUUUCAAUUUUGCUUUAUUAUCUCAUAAUUCUGCAAAAAAAAAAAAUGUUCUCAGAAUUGCAAGAAAAUGUCAGAAUUGAGCAAAAGUUACCUUUUCUUAUUUAUUAAUUUUUUUCACAUGGUGAUAAAACAGGCUUCCAUAUAUAUCAUACUUGGUGCAUCAAUGUGUCUCUUUUAAAAUGAUUCUCAUCCUGUUUUUCAGUGGAUCAUAUAUCUAUCAAAUGCCACAUGAAUGGCUAUGAUAUACUGUGCAGUUUGAAAGGGGUACACAGGGUCUUUUCUUGCCAGACUGAUUGCUGGUCAUAUUCCUCAGGCUGUUUUGUAAA